AUGUCGCAAAGUACUGUUGUCGGAGGCAAUCCAUGGAGUGCAUACAUGCUAGACAUCUACCGCAGCCGCAGGGGUCCUCAGCCCCUUGGAACGGUAGUGUUUGAGGAAAUCGAAGCCAAGGCGAGGGAGAAGCUGAAGGACUAUGGAGGGGCCUUCAUGUAUGCUGGCGGGAGUGCGGGAUCGAACUCCACCUACCGUGCCAACGUCGCCCAGUUCGCGAAAUGGGGAAUCAUCCCGCGAAUGCUCGUGAACGCGACUCGGAGAUCGUUGGAGACGACUAUCUUCGGCGUCACACACCUUUCACCCCUCCUUAUUGCACCGAUAGGGGUUCAGGCUAUUUUCCAUCCAGACGCAGAAUUCAGCCCAGCAAGAGCAGCAAAGGCUUUGGGUGUUCCUUACAUUUUGAGUACUGCUGCCAGCCGAACGAUAGAGGAGAUCGCAGAAGCUAAUGGUGAUGGCCAUCGGUGGUUCCAACUGUAUUGGCCACGUACCAAUGAAGUGACCCUAUCUUUGCUGAAGCGGGCGAAAGAAAACAACUACAAGGCUCUCGUCGUUACUUUGGACACGAUGUCGCUUGGGUGGCGACCGCACGACCUUGAGACUGCCUACAUCCCCUUUGGCCAUGGAGUCGGUGUUCAGAUCGGCAAAUCCGACCCAAUUUUCAUGGCACGCUAUGGCAAACAGCCCGUGACAGAACAUCCGGAAUUCCCAUACGAUGCCGCCAAAUUCGACCAGGGCGUCGUUGCUGGCGAUCCCAAAGCAAAAGAGGGUCUCUUCUUUGGGAUGGAAUGGUUGAAAGAAGCUAACUCUGGCUUGUACCGUGACUGGAACGAUCUGAAAUUCCUUAGAGAUAACUGGGAGGGACCACUUAUCCUGAAGGGCAUCCAGAGCGCCCAUGAUGCCGAAAAGGCAUUGGAACAUGGUGUUGACGGGAUCAUCGUUUCAAACCAUGGUGGUCGCCAAGUUGACGGUGCCAUUCCAUCGCUCCUGGCACUCGAAUUGAUCAUGAGGUCUAUUAAAGUCAAGGAAGCACAGGAAGCUGGUAAAUUGACCAUCCUAUUUGAUUCGGGCAUCCGCACUGGAAGCGACAUCUUCAAAGCCCUGGCCCUUGGUGCUCAAGCUGUCCUUUUGGGCCGUCCCUGGCUGUACGGUUCGAUUGUUGGUGGCCAAGCAGGUGUCGAACAGGUUAUCAAGCACACCCUUGCCGACCUGGACAAUACCCUUGGCUUGGCGGGCUACACCAGCGUGGCCGAGAUUCAAGGAAAGGGCCAAGAAGUCAUUGCAAGGAUUGCAUAG